CUUCACUCAAUCUAGCGACUCGACUCAGUUCGAACAAAAAAAAAUAACCGAGCUUGACUCAGAAACCGUGAAUCAACGAGAUAUGCAAUUUCUCCAAAACUCUCGUCGAAUCUCUAGGCUCGUAAAACCCAUUGUAAUAACCGAGGCUGAUCUGAGAUUCUUUUCCUCUGCUUCUCAAAUCUCCUCGGGUUCCUUCCAAUGGCGGAAUCAUGCGUCUCCUUCUUCCUCUGUAUUACAAGGGAUUGAUAGAUGCGCUCACUUGCAUAGCCGCUCGUCUGCUAUGAGCUUGUUGAUUCCAAGAUCAAGCUUUUCCUCUGAAGCGGAAAAGCUUGCGGGAAAUCCUACAGUCACUGUCAAGGAAUUGCAUGAUAAGAUUCUCAGUUCUGUAAAUGUCAAGAGAUCAAUGCCUCCAAAUGCUUUGAUGUGGUCGUUGAUUGAAAACUGCCAGGGUCAGGAUGACAUUCAUCUUCUCUUUGAAGUUCUUCAGAAUCUCCGGAGAUUUAGAUUAUCCAAUCUUCGUAUUCAUGACAACUUCAAUAGCAAUCUAUGCCAACAAGUUGCUAAGACCUGUGUGCGUGUUGGAGCAAUUGAUUCUGGAAAGAAGGCAUUGUGGAAACAUAAUGUUCACGGUUUGACACCUAGUGUUGCAUCUGCACACCAUCUAUUGUCAUAUGCCCUAGAGCACAAGAAUCCUGAACUCAUGGAAGAAGUAAUGAAACUCCUGAAAACGAAUGACCUGCCUCUACAACCCGGUACAGCAGAUUUAGUUUUCAGGAUCUGUCAUGAUACAGAUAAGUGGGAUCUACUAGCCAAGUACUCGAAGAAAUUCACAAAAGCUGGAGUUAAGUUGAGGAAGACCACAUUCGAUGUAUGGAUGGAAUUUGCUGCCAAGAGAGGGGAUACUGAGUCACUAUGGAAAGUAGAUAAACUGAGAUCAGAGACAUAUAGUCAACACACACUUUCUACAGCCUUCUCUUGUGCAAAGGGUUUCUUACUAGAAAGUAAACCUGAAGAAGCUGCUUCUGUCAUCCAGGUUAUCUGCCAGGCUUAUCCUGACCACAAAAAGUCAGAAGUCGCGACCGAAUUCAACAAACUGGUAAAUGAGUGGACUGUGGACGUUAUCAGGCGCCAAACAGAAGAAGAUAAGAAGGCUCUAGCUGCUUCAUUGAAAUCUGGUAUUCCUUCCAUGGUUAAUGCCUUGCUAAGCUCCGGUUUAAACGUGAGCGUGGAUUUGGAUGAGCUAUACAAGAACGAAGCUUUUCUUAGCUGAAUGACUCAAUCAACAUCUACAGAUCGAAGCAACUUCGUAGCUCCACAGGUUUGAUGUGAUCUUGUCUUUUUCACGGUGGCAACGUAGAGAGAAGGGAUAUAACAUAUUGCUGUUCUGUUUUCUUGCAAUCUCCGGCAACUCUUUUUAUCGUUUAUCCUUUAGGUACUUGACGCAGAACAAGAAGAAUUGUUGUCCCUCUCUUUGUUAGCCUCAAAUAGUAAUGACCUUUUGAAUAUGAAGAAGAAAAAAUGAGUCUUAAUAAAAUGUUCAUUGUUUA